AUAAACCUAGCUGUUGCCUCCUGUCAACUACAUUGCGUCAGCCAAGCUGGAUUCAGGAAAACUGUGUUUCUCCUCCUCUGCUGUAAUUUUAGGGAGCUGGUUGAAAAUUCAUUUAUCAGAGAUAGCCUCAUUCAAGCUAAAUCUCCCCUAAUAAAGAUGAAGAAGAAACUUCCUCCAGGCUUCCUGGACAUAAUGCAGACUGGUGGGAUCCAGACAGUUCUAGAAUUCAUGAUUUCUUACCCGGAAAACGAGGAAGCGCAAGAAAAGAGCAUUGAAUGUCUUAUCAGCCUGUUGAAAGAGGAAAAGAUCGGUGUAAAAGUGUUCCUUCGACUUGUGGAUCCUGUGAUUUGUGCAAUGAACAAGCACAUUGAUUCUCUUGAGAUACUGUUAGCUGGAUUUUCUUUGCUGCUUGGGAUCACUGGGAGAGCUGUAGGUCAGAACUUGAACGUGGAGCUCCUGGCCUGCGAAAGCAUUCUCAGCUGCCUGCUGAAUUCGAUGAGGACCCAUUCAGACAACGAAGAGCUUCUCUGUAUGAUCUGCACUUUAUUUAUGAUGAUGUCCUCCAACGAAGCAGCUGCAGAAGCCCUCCGGAGAGCCAACAUUUUCACUGACAUCUUGACCAUCUUGAGUAAUUUUCCUCACAAUAAAGAGAUCUGUGUUGCUUGUUGUGGGAUCAUCUGGAUCCUGGCUGUCAACGUGGCCGACGUGACUGAGAGCCCACUGAAAUACGCCACUGAACUGGUCUCCAUCGUUUUCCACAUGCAUCUCCACCACGUGGAAGUUGCAGAGACAGCCUGCAGUGCCUUUUGGGCCCUUUCUCUUCACGGCUGCAUAGAUGAAGUGAACUACGAGCCCUAUUCUCUGCUUUUGCUCGAAGCUUUAAGGCAACAUCCUGACAGUCCAGUGUUGGUGAAGAACGCCUGCCUUGCGCUGGCAAGCUUCUUGAGGACAUCUGAGUUAUCAGGUUUCCGAUUUAUAGUUACUGAUGAGAAGGGCAAUGGGAUAAUCCUGCUAAAGGACUGUUACCAGCUCCACCGGGAAGACCCUGAAGUGGUGGAAAACAUUUGUAUCCUGAUUGAUGAGAUGUUCAAAUAUGAUGAAAUUGUUGUGGAGAUGGUUUCCCAGAGCAUUACGGAAAUGCUGACAGAAAUGAAGAACAGGUUUACUUCUAGUUUGAACAUAGUUGCCCUAUCAGAGAAGGCACUCUCAGAACUGCAAAAGAAAGGUGAAUAUUUUUUUUUAUUUAGACAUUUCUAGAUGUUUCCAAAGUAUG